CAGUACCUAUACUGUAUAUUUCGAUACAAUUAAUAAUUUAAUGUUUAUUGAUACCGGUUAAAUUAUCACUAACAUCAGACAGACUCUAUUCAAUUUAAUAUUACGUCUUGGUCAAUAAGUUUGAAAAAACUGACUUUUGUCUUGAAAUAAUAUAUUUUACAUUAAAAAUGACGUGAUGUAAAUCGUCAAACUGCAAUACACUUAUAACCCACGUCGCGGUAGUAAAGUUUUUCGACCAUUGCUUUUAUUUAUACUAGGAUAAUUAAACGCACAGACUUAUUUAAUGUAACCGAAAACUUUUGAUUAAAAACAGAAACCGCUGGAUAACAUCAUAACGUUAUCAUAAUGAAAAUUCAUCCACGUAAGUAUAGUAUUAAUAUUUCUUAUAAAAAAUAGUUUCAUAAUUUUAUUUUAUAAAGAAAGUUUAGAUUUAGAUUUUUUUUUCCGUCUUUGAUACUAUUUGUACAGAUUGAACUUUAUAUCCUGUUUUACCUUUAUCCCACUCAAAAAUUACUGUAAUAUUCAAAUAAUGAAAACAUAUUUAUCUGAACAAACGUAUCGAUUUUGAGCAGGACACGUGUCUCAGAGAUGGGUACUGGCCGUGAUGGGAAUGUUAGGAAUGACAAUGGCUUACAUGAUGAGGGCCUGUCUGGGCAUAACUCUUACCCAAAUGGUUAAGCCCGUGCUCACGGGAAGUGGUUUACAAAUCAACAUAUCGAGUGAAAAGUCGGAACAAAACUACUGCCCGAUGCCGGACGACUUCGGCAUGUCCAACAGGACCGCCGCCGUCGUCGCGGUGGACAGCAGCGAACGGUUCGAUUGGGACGAGAAAACGCAGGGCAUGGUGCUCUCGGCAUUUUUUUACGGUUACAUAAUUACGCAUUUACCGUUCGGAAUCUUGGUUCAAAAUAUAGGCGGCAAAUUCAUCAUGGGUUUCGGACUGCUGUUCUCCGCCAUUUUCACUCUGAUGACUCCGACCGUGGCACGCAUGGGUUCCACGCCGCUGAUAAUCGUGCGGUUCAUCGAAGGCCUCGGAGAAGUUAGUAACAUUGAUCAAUCAUUGUUUCGUCGAUAUUAGAUCGUAUCUACGAAUUACCAAAAUUGUUUAGGGCGCUGUAUUUCCGUCGAUGUUCAUGCUUCUGGCACGAUGGGCACCGCCUGAAGAAAAAGGAAUGCUUUCCACGUUGGUGUUCGCAGGUAACGUAUCUUAUUGCAUGCUCUUAUGACAACCAAUCAUGGAAAGCGAUCAGUGGUGAAUGUUGACUCCAAAGCACGUGUAUGGUCAUUUAUCAUAUUUUAGUAAUACAGUUUCGUUUCAGUAAAAGGUCUUUUUGAAAAAUGAUUAGUAAUCAAUGAACGUUACACUCCCUCUCUCCUUUUUGGAUUUCGGAUUUUCUUAUACCCCCAUUAUUUAGUGCGUAAUUUUUUUUUCAUAUUUCAGAUUUUUUUUGGACAUCCUAUGGCCUGUUUUAACUAAAAUAUUGUGCGAAUGGGUGUAGACACGUUUCUCAUACGUUGUAUUCGUACAUUAUUAAAACCCAUACCAUGCGUUUUGAGAUAGUGUGAUACAAUUUUAUAACUAAAGACAUGAAAUAAAAAUUAUUUUUAAUAUCAUUACUAACUAUUUCUGUGUAACUUGAAUAUAUUUGUUAUAUAUUAAACUCCUUCUUCUUUAUUUUAUUGUGCAAAAUUCGUUAAUUCUUUUUAGAUCUCAUGCUAAAGUUUUUACUUUACCCACUUAUUGUUUUAGUUACGGCGGUGGUAAGAUAUACAAAAAUAAAAUAAAUGUACAUUUUUAAAAUCCGUGGGCUAGUGAAAUGUUUCUACAGCUCCCCCGCUCGUUAUUUCGGUUAUAACAAUCGUCCAAACAAAUUCUGAAAUGUGUCAACUAAUACAAAAAAAAAAAUGACGCGACUACUAAAUGGCGGGGAUAUUAUUAAAACGCAAAAUCCAAAGAGAGAGGGCCUGCAGUUUGAUGUAGGUACGUUGGAAAGGCAUUAGGUCAUUAUAAUAUAUUGUAUAUUAUGAUCUAUGUAUACUUUAAAAACUAAUAUACUAACUAAAAUACAGAACACGGAUGAGUUAAACGGUACAGUUAAAUAUUAAUAAUACGAUUCAUUGACAAAGCGCGACAAACAAAAUAUGCCCCAGAUGGUUAGUACCGUGGCUUCUAGUGGAUCGGGCUAACCUCGGAAAAACUGGUAUUUCAUCACAAUAAUAAACAUUGUAUAGCUAGCGCACGUGCUUUCGCAUGUUUUGUCAAAAAAAUGUAACGAUAAAAUCAUAAUAAAUACAGAUAAAUGUAGACGAGAUUUUUGUCAAAUAUUAUUGCUGUUUCAAAAUAUUACGUUAGACCUUUAGAAUCGAUGAUAGAAUGACACAACUGUUGUAUUUACUGUUUAUAUUUUUAUAGUGGAGCAUGCCUGGAGAAUUCGCCACUGUGAACAAUAUAGUUUGUGACCAAAAUAACAUUUUUAAAAAUUACAUUUCAUUAUUUGGUAUGUUACAUUGUCACAGGUAUAACAGUCGGUAAUAUUUUCGGUAACUUAUUGAGUGGCUUCAUAAUACAUUACGUACCCGGUGGUUGGCCAAACGUAUUUUACUUCUUUGGCUCCAUCACGAUCGUCUGGUUUGUAUUCUGGUGUAUGCUCGUUUAUAACGACCCGAAAUCGCAUCCAUUAAUAUCUGACGCAGAGCUUGAAUACUUACAGAAUUCUAUCGGGAGUCUGGAAAGAAAAAAGGUUAAGUCGAUUUUUAGAUCUUGAGCGGAGCCAGGAAUGUACUGGUUUUACUAUGAUGUGAUUUUUUUUUUUUUAUGUCUGUGAAGAAGUUUCUAUCAAAAAUUUUCCUACAAUCCAUAAACAACAAUAGAGCUCUUUUGUAGAAUUUUCGAUGUAGUUAUGUAUAUUUUAAUAUAUUUUAAAUAUAUGUAUUUUAUAACUGAAAAAAACGUAUGGAAAACGGGAAAAUUAACGGUUUUAUUAUUUUAGAUUUUCUAUUUUUGUUGCAAAUCGAUUAAAAAUAAUCACAGAAUACUUAUAUUAGCCUUUUAUCGUUAUGGGAAAAUUCAACACAUUUUGGUGACUUUUGAGGUAUUUUCAGACAUUUAAAAUUUUUAUAUUACAGCGUUUCACGUAGAAUGAUACGCGCUGUUAUCAAAUUAUAGCGGCGAUUGAGGUGGUGCAGGUGUAGAGGGUAUAAUUUGGGCAACGUUGAUAGUACCGAUCAUUUAAAUUACGUCAAAUAGGACGUUGGUGCAUCUAUUAGCAGCGUAGUGUACACUGACGGCACGGCGUGGAUGGGAUCAGAUAGAAUCUUUUUUUUUGUGUUAGAAAACAAUUUCGUUUUUUUUUUUUAUAUACAAGCGUUUUAUAAAUUCAAAUUUUGAUGAAAAUCAAAAAAAUUGCAGCAUUUAAAAACAUACAUAGCCGAACUUUGCUCAGAAUCGUUUUUAAUUAGUAAUAAUUUAUCGUUGCGUACAGAUAUAAAUUAGUUAACUCAAUGUGUCUUACCUUCUCAACUUUCGUAUGAAUAACAGUGGCACAGCUAUAUCAAUAUCAGCUCUUUUUUUAGUAUUAUAUUUUUUUAAUAAUGUCUACAUGUAUUAUAGGAUUUGCCGGAUACUCCUUGGAAGUCCAUAUUGACGUCGGGUCCGUUAUGGGCAGCGAUAAUUUCGGGUAUUGGUGCCGAUUGGGGCGGUUAUACGAUCGGUAGUGAUCUUCCCAAAUAUAUGAAUGACGUCCUACAUUUUUCCGUGACAGAAGUACAUUUCAAUAACGUGAUAUUAUGCGGUUUGUAAUUCGUAAUAACUUUUUUCAUACAGAACGGAGUAUUAUCGUCAAUUCUGUACUUGGUCCAAUGGACCAUGAUGGUUUUAAGCGGUAUUCUGGCCGAUCUACUUGUAAGUAAACGAGUGAUGGGCAUCACUGCGGUUAGAAAAACGUACGCUAUUAUCGGUAAGGUUUUAGUGUAAACAUCACCUUGUUACAUAGAAAGACUUAUAGCGAAUUUAAAAUUAAUUUUAUUUAUUAUCAGGAACUUUUGGUCCGGGAUUGGGCGUUGUGUGUGCUUCGUUUAUAGGGUGCAAUAAAAUGAUGGCUAUCUUGUGCUUCACCGUGAGUAUGGCGCUCUGGGGAUUCUGCGUUUCUAGUAUUUGUAUUAAUCCCCUCGACUUGUCACCCAAUUAUGCGUCUACUUUAAUCGCACUGGCAAACAGCAUUGGAUGUCUGUCUGGAAUGGCGUCCCCUUACAUUACGGGACUUCUUGUUCCAAACGUACGCACUCAUAAUUAAAAGAUUCAUAACCUAUAUCGCUUGUCCUCCUUUAAAUUUCUUUAGUAAUGUUUUAUCAUUACAGAGAACCCUUUUGGAAUGGCGUCUAGUAUUUUGGACGAUGUUGAUAAUAAUGACAUCGACGUCCGUAAUCUAUGUGUUAUUUGGAUCAGGCGAAGUACAAACAUGGAAUGAUCCUGCAGAAAAUGAUUGCCCGAGAAUAAAAGAAAAUAGUAAGAGUGGUGAAUUAUCGGUGGAACAUAUGGAUGUGAACAACAUUGUUGAUUAAAUGUAAAACAGUAUUUUAAAUAUAUUUUUUAUUGUGGAUAUAAUUAAAUUAAGGGUUAUAUUACGUAGGCAUCGUACGUAUGUACAAUAUUGAUGGUCCAGUGCAAAGUAUACACUACGCAAUAGAAAAUCAAGCGUUACCCUUGGGACGGCUUGUUUGGAUAUGAACUGGCAAGGAAGAUUGACUGUAGUGUAUAUCAUGCGAUACCUAUGCAAUAUACUGUCCAGCAGACAAUUUUUCUUUCUAC